AGACGCCCCCGAGGGGAGGAGUGGAGCCCCGGGCCCCGGCGUCGCCAUGCCGGCCGGGACCAGCGACCCCGGCGGCGUCCUCAGCUACCAGAGACCAGACGAAGAGGCGGUGGUGGACCAGGGCGGGACCAGUUCCGUUCUCAACAUUCACUAUGAGCAGGAAGAGCUGGAAGGCCACAGGACGCUGUACGUGGGCGUCCGGAUGCCCGUGGGCCGCCAGAGUCGCCGACAUCACCGGCCCCACGGCCAGAAGCACCGGAGGCGGGCGCGGGGGAAAGGAGCCGCCCAGGGGGACGACGGCCAGGAGCCGCUGGCCCACGACACCCCAUCCCAGCGGGUCCAGUUUAUCCUGGGCACCGAAGAGGACGAGCAGCACGUGCCCCACGAGCUGUUCACGGAACUGGACGAGAUCUGCAUCAGGGACGGGGACGACACUGAGUGGAAGGAGACGGCGAGGUGGCUGAAGUUCGAGGAGGACGUAGAGGACGGCGGCGAGCGGUGGAGCAAGCCCUACGUGGCCACGCUGUCUCUGCACAGCCUCUUCGAGCUGCGCAGCUGCCUGGUCAACGGGACCGUCCUCCUGGACGCACACGCCGGCAACAUCGAGGAGAUCUCAGACUUGAUCCUGGCCCAGCAGGAGCUGGCCGGAGCCCUGAGCCAGGCCGUGCGGGGCCGGGUCCGCGAAGCCCUGCUCAGGAGGCAUCACCACCAGAACGAGAGGAAGAGGGGGACCCUCAUCCCCAUCGUCCGCUCCUUCACCGAGGUCGGCAAGAAGCAGCCCGACCAGCCCUCGAUGGACAGAAACACAGGCCAGAUGGUUUCGCCUCAGUCUGUUCCGGUUCAACUUGAGGGGAAAAAUGGAGUUAACUGUGAGAACAGCGGUGUGGAUUUAAGCAAGGCGGACCUUCACUUCAUGAAGAAAAUUCCCUCCGGAGCGGAAGCGUCCAACGUCCUGGUGGGCGAGCUGGAAACGCUGGACCGGCCCAUCGUGGCGUUCGUGCGCCUGUCCCCGGCUGUCCUGCUCUCGGGGUUGACGGAGGUGCCCAUCCCCACCAGGUUCUUAUUCCUGUUGCUGGGCCCCGUGGGCAAAGGACAGCAGUACCACGAGAUUGGCCGGUCCAUGGCUACCAUCAUGACCGACGAGAUCUUCCACGACGUGGCGUACAAGGCCCGGGAGCGGGCUGACCUUGUGGCGGGCUUGGAUGAGUUUCUGGACCAGGUGACGGUGCUGCCGCCCGGAGAAUGGGACCCAUCCAUCCGGAUCGAACCGCCCAAAAGUGUGCCAUCCCAGGAGAAGAGGAAGAUGCCCGGGGUCACCCCGAAUGGAAACCCGUGCCCCAGGGAGCCCGAGCAGCAUGGGGGGCACAGCGGCCCCGAACUCCAGCGCACGGGGAGGCUGUUCGGAGGGCUGGUGCUGGACGUGAAGCGGAAGGCGCCCUGGUACUGGAGUGACUUCCGCGAUGCCCUGAGCCUGCAGUGCCUGGCCUCCUUUCUGUUCCUCUACUGCGCCUGCAUGUCGCCCGUCAUCACCUUCGGGGGGCUGCUGGGAGAGGCCACCGAAGGGCGCAUCAGCGCGAUGGAGUCCCUGUUGGGCGCCUCGAUGACGGGCAUCGCGUACUCGCUGUUCGCCGGGCAGGCCCUCACCAUCCUGGGGAGCACCGGGCCCGUGCUGGUGUUCGAGAAGAUCCUGUUCAAGUUCUGCAAAGACCACGCGCUGUCCUACCUGUCGCUCCGCGCCUGCAUCGGCCUGUGGACGGCUUUCCUGUGCGGCGUGCUGGUGGCCACCGACGCCAGCUCGCUCGUCUGCUACAUCACUCGCUUCACCGAGGAGGCCUUCGCCUCGCUCAUCUGCAUCAUCUUCAUCUACGAGGCCAUCGAGAAGCUGAUUCACCUCGGGGAGACCUACCCCAUUCACAUGCACAGCCGGCUGGACAGCCUCAGCCUCUACUACUGCAGGUGCGCCCCUCCAGAGAGGCCUAGCAACCACACCUUGCAGUAUUGGCGGGAACACAACAUCUCCGCCCCCGAAACCAACUGGCCCAACCUGACCGUCACCGAAUGCCAGGAGAUGCACGGCCAGUUUGUCGGCCCGGCUUGCGGCCACCACGGCCCCUACACCCCCGACGUGCUCUUCUGGUCCUGCAUCCUCUUCUUCAGCACCUUCAUCCUGUCGGCCGCGCUGAAGACCUUCAAGACCAGCCACUAUUUCCCCACCAGAGUACGCUCGGUGGUGAGUGACUUCGCGGUUUUCCUCACCAUCUUCGCCAUGGUGAUUCUCGACUUCCUCGUCGGAGUCCCUUCCCCAAAGCUCCAGGUCCCCAGCGUUUUCAAGCCCACCAGGGAUGAUCGGGGCUGGCUGAUCAGCCCCAUAGGCCCCAAUCCCUGGUGGACGGUGGGAGCGGCCAUUAUCCCCGCGCUCCUCUGCACCAUCUUGGUGUUCAUGGACCAGCAGAUCACCGCCGUCAUCAUCAACCGCAAGGAACACAAGCUUAAGAAGGGCUGUGGCUACCACCUGGACCUGCUAAUGGUGGCCGUGAUGCUGGGCGUCUGCUCGGUCAUGGGCCUGCCCUGGUUCGUGGCGGCCACCGUCCUGUCCAUCACCCACGUCAACAGCCUGAAGCUGGAGUCGGAGGGCUCCGCCCCGGGCGAGCAGCCCAAGUUCCUGGGCAUCCGCGAACAGAGGGUCACCGGCCUCAUGAUCUUCGUCCUCAUGGGCUGCUCCGUCUUCAUGACCGCCAUGCUCAAGUUCAUUCCGAUGCCGGUGCUGUAUGGCGUGUUCCUCUACAUGGGGGUCUCUUCGCUAAGAGGGAUUCAGUUCUUCGAUCGGCUCAAGCUCUUCGGGAUGCCCGCCAAGCACCAGCCGGACUUUAUCUACCUGCGGCACGUGCCCCUGCGCCAGGUGCACCUCUUCACCCUGAUCCAGCUCACCUGCUUGGUGCUGCUGUGGGUCAUCAAGGCCUCGCCCGCCGCCAUCGUCUUCCCCAUGAUGAAGCAGCCUCCGGGCACCCCUCCUUCCCUCCCGGUUGCCGGGCAGGUCCUGGCGCUGGUCUUCGUCCGCAAGGUGAUGGACCUGUGCUUCUCCAAGCGGGAACUGAGCUGGCUGGACGACCUCAUGCCAGAGAGCAAAAAGAAGAAGCUGGACGACGCCAAAGCCAAGGAGGAAGAGGAUUCGGAGAAGAUGCUGGACCUGGGCGGGGAUAAGUUCCCCCUGGAAACCAGGAAGCUCCUGUGCAGCCCCGGGAAGAGCGACGGCGGCAGGGGCGACCCUUCCGAGAUCAACAUCUCCGACGAGAUGUCCAAGACGACGGUCUGGAAAGCCCUGAGCAUGAACGUCGGGGGCACCAAGGAAUAGAGAAGCCUCGGUCCGGAUGCGGGAGGCCACUCGGAGAGGCCUCGGGGAAGCGGGCGAACGAUGCUGAGAGAGGAGUGCAUUUCCAGUGGAGGAGGAAACACCCCCGAGAGGCGAGUCCCGCCUUCCUGCCCCGAGCGAGCGGGGCCGGCCUUCUGCCCUCCGCAGUGGGCGUCAAUGGAGCUCUGCCGCUCCCAGGGCAGCGUGGGAGCUUCCUCCUGCCGCCGGACCUCUGCCCAUUCCGGACGUGCCCUCAGAUGCCGACUGCGGGGACACGCCGGACUCUCCCCAUCCCCUCCUCCCCCUCGCUGUGGCCCCCAGGGGGUCCCCGGCCCCUCCGGACCGUGACCUCCGCUCCCCGGCCGGAAACCUUGAGAGAUGGCUGAUGUGGUGAGGAGAGGUGGGCCCAAGUUCAGGAGCCCAAAACCUCUAACACCGAUCCUGGGACAGAGGCUCCCCUGGGCCUGCCGGGCUGUUGUACCGGGAGAAGGCGGAGGACCUGGGUCUGGUGGGGGCUUGGGGAACGGGCCUCGAGGGUCUUCAAGGUCCGCUAGAGCUGUGGUUGCUGGAGCAGGCCUCUUCCUUCCCCUCUGCCCUGAGGCAGGGGGUUGGACUAGAUGACACCCCUCCCCCCCAACCAGGUUCUUCUCAGUGUCCGGACUCCACCCCGUUAGCCGGCAGAUGGAAAGGGCACCGCUUCCACGAGCCCUCUGAGGUCCCACAUCCCCGAGCGGCGGGAGGGCCGAUAGCCCCGGCUCCACGGCCACCCGAGGACCAACUCGCCAAAGGGGUCAGAGGUCGGGGCGGAAAAUCCGCUCUCAUCCGUUGUGGUCUCGGGGCUCAGGUGGAGGAGGAUCACCCAGGGCUGCCCCUGGGGGCCUGCUUCUCCUCCCGGCCCCGCCACCCUCUCCUCAACCUAAGUGCCAUCCUCACGCAUGUGACCAGAAAGACAAAGAAAUCGACCGCAAAAAAAAGGGAAAAGAAACCACCUCCCCUGCCCAAACCAGGCCUCACUUAUGGGAAUCAACAGCAUCUCUCCUCUUAGACUGUAAAUCAGUUGAGGGCAGGCCCGCUGUCGUCGUCGUCGUCUAACUGUCCGGGGAGAGGACGGAAACCUCCCGCUGGGAGCCGCCUCGGGAACUACUGACCCGGGACGGUUUUGAUUGGCUCUGGGGCUCCCCCUCCACCCCCCACCCCCUGGGGAGACUGAGGCACAUGCAGGAAAACUGGGGAUAUCAAGGAAAAUUGGGAGGAUCCGAGGGCUUGAUAGGCCUGCCGUCUCAUCUACCUACCCCUGAGAAGUCCUUCGGUCAGCAGACACACCCCCAGCCCUGACCGUGGGUCCUGCCCCAAUCAAACCUGCCCUGCCUGGGCUUCCUCAGGCAAGUGAGGGUCUCCCACCUCCCCUUACUCCCCAGCCCCCGGACCCCUUGAUAUUCCCCGAAUGGCAUCUCCAAGACAGAAAGCGAAACAAAUUCAGCCAAACCUCUUGAAUUUGGAUCAGAGUCGGGGAUGAAGGGGUGAGGAGGGUGUCCAAAUCAGUGAAACCGCCUAAAUGGUAAAAGUGUUUGGGAAGAAAUGUGGUGGUGUUAUUUUUCAGAAGCCGAGAUGUGGGCUGCAGACAGUAAAAUGGGGUCUGGUAGCUCCCGGGGAAGGGGACGGGGUGGGUGCGCGGAAACAAUUCUCCUAGGGUCUACUUACUUACCCUGUAUAUCUGGAGAGGAAGAAACUACAAGUUUCUGACCUUUUUACUUAGUCUGACUGGAGAAUUUGAGCCUGAAUCAGCCAAGUCCAAAUUGGUGGAAGUUUUUACGCUGUCCCCAAAAGCAUGGGGAGGAGUAUAAAAAUAAUAAUGACGGCAUUUGUUAAGCGCUUACUAUGUGCAAAGCAUUGUUCUAAGCGCU